GUGAGACCAUAAACCAAAUCCGGAAAUGCUUGUGGAAAGCAGCGCCGACACGGAGGGAACUUAACUGCGAAACGAAACUUUUCAUUCCUCGAUAAACAACAACAACAAAACAAAACAUCAGGCAAAAAAAAAAAAAACAAAAAAAACCCAUGAAUAUCGGACAUGUCGUAUACGCGUUUACAUGCCCCUGUCAUCUCUGAUUGGUGGGAGACAGUCGGUAAUUUGUAAGUAACUACGUUGAAACAGACACAGGAAAGUACAAACAGUGGACGACUAAACUGAACCGGCCUGCUGUUUGUUUUUUUCCCCCUCGAACUCAGGAGUACGCCACUGCAUUUCUCUGUCAGGAUGGAAAGCUCAGUCUCCUUCUUCUCACCUCCCCCCUCUCCAUCAGUGGCCCCCAUCCCUGUCGCUUCCACAUUUGAGCUGACACUUUGUCCUGAACUUGACCUGUCUGUCAUAGUCAGCCCUGCCCGCACGCAACCAAAGCGAGAAACGAAGGAACAGGCACGAAGAAAGACUGACAAAAAGGUGUGUUUUAAAGAGGCUGUGGUUGUGAAGGUAACACCUGAGCCGCAAAUCCCACUGAUCAGCGACGCACCUCCUCAACAACCAACCAACUGUCAGAGGCGGUGGAGAGAUAAACACCAUGGGAGCCAGAAGCUAAAAAAUGGCGCCCAGAACCAGAGGGUGGAGCCACCAACUGCGGUGUCCAUUGACCAUCCAGACAGUCUUGAGGAGGUUGAGCUCAACACCACCUUAGCUGUAAAGGCAGAGCUUUUGGCAUUGCAGGGUGCAGAGUUUAACACCCACAAAGCCAUCCAAGAGACAUUACAGAAAGUGGAGCAAAUGAAAAAACAGAUAAACUACAAAGCAAUGCAAGGAACCAACGUCUCUCGAUCUCAAACCGUUUUCACCUCAUUGGUCAGCGUGGAUGUGCCUGAGAGUCAGCUGAUAAGCCACGCCAUUAAGGACAGGCUGGUUCUGGCCCCACCACCACGAAGUCCUGACAACAAAGCAGCAGAAAGCCCCUCCCCGCUUAUCUUUUUGACCCCUGACUUGUUUAGACAGAAGCCCCUCCCCCUGGACGAGGAGCCAGUCAGUAGCCACCCCAUCCCAGCACCUUACCCCGCCUCGUCGACAUUCGACCUUUACAGACGACGGAAUCGUUGGGAAGCCGCCCCAUAACCCAAUUUUUAUUCAGUUUUCACUUGUUCAAUCUGUCCAUUCACUAUCUAUUUGUCCUGACUACGGUCAUGGGCAAGAUGAACCCACUCAACUGACUUCGGGCAAGAAGUACACCCUGUACUCGUAGUAUUUCAAUAAAGUAUUUGUAUAUGUUUU